GGCGGUACACUCCUCCCCCGCCCCCGCCACCCCCCCGAUUCAUGCAUGAGCGGUGGAAGGUUUGAUUUCGACGAUGGAGGGGCGUAUUGCGGAGGCUGGGAGGGCGGCAAGGCUCACGGCCACGGCAUCUGCACCGGACCCAAGGGCCAGGGCGAGUACUCGGGCUCCUGGAACUACGGCUUCGAGGUGGUCGGCGUCUACACCUGGCCCAGCGGCAACACCUACCAGGGCUACUGGUCUCAGGGCAAAAGGCACGGCCUGGGCUUGGAGACCAAGGGGCGCUGGGUUUACAAGGGCGAGUGGACUCACGGCUUCAAGGGCAGGUACGGGGUCAGGGAGAGCCAGGCCAGCGGGGCCAGGUAUGAGGGCACCUGGAAUAACGGCCUCCAGGACGGUUACGGCACCGAGAAAUACGCGGACGAAGGUACAUACCAGGGCCAGUUUACAGGAGGGAUGCGCCAUGGAUAUGGAGUGCGCCAGAGUGUUCCCUAUGGGAUGGCCACCAUGAUCCGCUCGCCACUGCGGACCUCACUCACCUCCCUGCGCAGUGAGCACAGUAACGGGACCGUGCUGCAACUUGAGCCACCGGCUGACUCGCUGGCCUUGGCCCCCCCCACUGCCGCUGCUGCCUCAGCCUCUGCCUCCACCAUUGGGCCGAGCCGUGGUGGCUUCGCCCUGAGCCUCCAGAGUGCUGGGGAUGCUGAGCAGAAGCCCAAGAAGAAGGGUCUGUUCCGGCGGGGCUCACUACUGGGCAAGCUGAGGAAGAGUGAGUCCAGGAGCUCGCUUUCUAGCCAAAGGAGCAAGCUCAGCUUUCUCAGGAGUGAUGCCGGCCUUAGCUCGGCUGCCAGUGAUGCCAACUCCACUGUCAGCUUGGGUGAAGGUGGUGACGAUUUCCCGCCUGUUGAGUCUGACAUUGAUGCCACAACAACCGAGAGCUACAUGGGCGAAUGGAAGAAUGACAAGCGUUCGGGAUAUGGGGUCAGCGAGAGGUCAAGUGGCCUGAAGUAUGAGGGUGAGUGGCAUGACAACCUGAGGCAUGGCUAUGGCUGCACCACCUUCCCGGAUGGCCACAAGGAAGAGGGCAAAUACAAGAACAAUGUGCUGGUGAAGGGCAAGAAGAAGCACCUGAUACCCCUGAGGACCAACAAGCUGAGGGAAAAGGUGGAAAGGAGCAUGGAAGGGGCACAGAGGGCAGCGGCUAUUGCCCGGCAGAAGUCAGAGAUCGCCUUGUCCAGAUCUUCACAUGCAAAAACCAAGGCUGAAGCAGCAGAUCAGGCUUCACAGGCUGCAAGCAAUGAAUCCAGUAUUGCAAGGGCAGUCGCCAGGGAGCUGUCUCCAACUUUUUACCAACCAGGUCCUGAAUAUCAGAAGAGAAGAUUGCUUCAGGAACUGAUAGAGAAUGGAGAUAACGUGGAAAAUACAGACCAGGAACCCCCAUCAAUAGAAGAGCCUCCACCUACCCCUCCAGAGACCCCUGGACUCCAUGAGAAAGCCACAACACCACUUGAGUCAUCUCCUGCUGGUACUCCUUCACCAAGUCCUUUGGAGACACCGCCAGAGGUCAGAAAAGUUAGAGGAUCAAAUCCCAAGAUGGAGGACUCCAGCCACUUGAGUCCUGGCAACUGGAACGGGGAGCAAAAUAAAAGUAAUAGCCAUCCUGGAACACCUUCUGACUUACUGACCUUGCAAGUAGAGAACAGGCCAGCUGCCAACAAUCGAAAUCUAUCCAGGGCGUCCAGUCAUCAGAACAGAAGAACGCCAACAAAACUGGAGGAGCAACUGCAGAACAACUAUGAUUUGGACAUAAAGCCUCUAGAAAGAAUUGAAAGCAAGCCUAAUACAAAUCAAAAGAUCAAGUCCCGAGAACCUAUCCCAUCCCACCAGCUGCAAGAUGCCAAAUUCCAUGAAAGCUAUCACAGUUACGCUGUGCGGACACAAGUAGGAUCUCCUCCUUUAGAUUUGGUGGAUGAUGAAGCUCCUGUCAAAUUAUUGCCAGUCAAGAAAGAAGCAAUCCCAGCAAAACCUUUAACACCAGAGCCAAAACCAGAGGUCAAAGUAAAAAAGCCAGAACCAGAACCAAAGCCAGCGCCUCAAGUGCAAGAAACUGCACCACAUCACAAACAGGAAAAACAGUCACAACCCCGGCCAGAGCCCAGACCUCAAUCCAAGCCUGAGUCCAAACCUGGGCUUAAACCAGUGUCAAAACCAGUACCUAAAUUAAUAGCACAACCUGAAGCAGCAGGGAAGGAGGUUGCACCAUUUGAUCAGGGACCUAAUACCAUCAUGAUUGCCAUGGUCAUUCUGCUGAACAUCGGCCUAGCCAUCCUGUUUGUUCAUUUCCUCACAUGACUUGUUUCUGAGAAGCUCUUGUGCUACUUUUCCUGUUGAGAAUAAGGAAGAAGACUUUGGAAAGUUAUACAUCCUGCAAGACUUGACACUCAGAGACACUGCAGUCUGAUUUCAGUGGCCCCUUUUGAAGAAUUCCCUGAUCUGUUUCCUGUCACCAGUUUGUGCCCUACAAUUUUGGAAAUGAGCAACAUUGGAAGAUGUACAUCUGACCUGAAUUUAUUUGUAGAAUCUAACAGCUGCCUUACCUUUUGCCUGUGUUUAUAUUAUACAGUACUAGCUGCCAAGGAUUGUGCUUGAAAGCUUGAAUUAUUCUAUUGUACAAAGGGAGGGGAGAGGGAAAGAUAAAAAUUCUUAUGGCUCUAUUUCAUAAACAAGAAAAAGUUGAGUUAGUUCAGGGAGAUCUUGCUCACAUAUUUUUGUAGCUUGAUGACAUUUUUUGUUCAAACUGAGUACAAUGAAAAAUGGGUAUUACUGUAUGUACUUAACUCUUAAAUCUAAAAGAUUUAGGGCUAUAUUUUCCUCUGUUGAUUAUUGCCAGUGAAAGAAAGUAAAGUGGCAUUCCUCAACUUAUGCACAUAUUUUCCCACUAAAAAAUACCUAACAGAAGAGAAUACUUCCUUAGAGGUUGUCUUUUGGAAGAAGAGAUCAUGGAUGCUUUGCACUGCAUUCAUAGGGCUUUUUAUAUGUCAUGAAGGGAAAUAUUGGUCUACUAUGAAUUUUUAACACAUUUUUCUCUCUCUCUGCUAAUCAGAUGAGUAGGAGAAUUAUGGUUCAUGUUUCUUGCAUGUUUGUCAAUUAGCUGUUUUUACUCACAUUUUAAGACUAAUUAUGCCAACCUACUAUACAUAUAUACAGUCAGUAUUCAUUUUUUGAGCAAUGCUGUAAUGAGCUAAGUGAAAAGGGAAUGCACAAAUCUGCUUUUAACAUCACAGUGCUUUCAGAAUUAAAUUGAUUAAAAAUUCAAGGAAGACCAACACUUCUUUGCAAGAAAUUUAAUACAACUUUAUGUUUUGAAGGCCAUAUUAGUUUUAAAAAAUUGUAUACUUGCAGUUUGUAACCAUAUAUUUUUGACAAGAUUUUUUGGCAUUUUGAGUGGUUGUACAUGUUCAAGGUACAGACAUUGUUCUUCUUUCUAAUAUUAAAAAAAAAUGCCUAACAGUAUUUCUUUCAAUACAUUCAAAGUACAUUAGUCAGCUUAAACCAGCAAUGUCACAUAAUAUUUGCUACUAGAUUGUUUUCAGAGUAUAACCUUUCUAUUUUUGUGCUAAAGUACAAAAUGUUUUGAGCUGUUUUUCCUUCCUUUGCUCUGCAUGUGUGCACUUUGUAGAAUGAUAGCAUAGAUGGUUUUAAAUUUUGUUUUACAUAUAACAAGGUAUGUAUGCUUGUGUGUGGAUAUACAUUCAGGACUGUUUUUACCUUGUAAGAUUUAUAUAUAAAAAGAUAAAAUUACCUCAGAGAUGCAUGCUUCUCCAAAAGUUUGAUUGAAAUGCUUAUUUAAUAUUUUCAGGUCUUAUUACAAUGUGAACAAUUUCACCAGCCACACUGAACACUUAUCUUCCAGAUAUUUAUUCAUUUCUAUAAAUAAGCAUUACUAAAUACUACCUUGUGCGCUGUUACCACAUGAAUAAUUUUGUGGAAUGUAGUCAAGUAAAGAAUAUUUAUAACUUG